UGCAGGACAAACAAAAAAAGGUCAAGGUGGGUUCAAAGUGAAAUUCAAGGAAGUUACAGGUGGAGUAGAAAACUUCCUCUGUCAACGCCGAAAGCUUUACUCUCUUGAGGAGUCCAUGUAUCCUGUAGACCUUCCAGCUGUGAGUGACACUGACCUGACAUCAGCGUCUGAACAGUACCUCUCUCUGUUGGAGUCAAGUCCUCAUAAUGAGUGGUUUCAAUUAUCACAGACUUCAAAGGUAGCGAUAAUAGCAAACAACGUACGGCGAUUACAGCUGUUUGAAGAUGACCAACCUGACUGUUUACUGCUCGGGCUUCACCCUCCUGAUGAUCCAACACAAGUGGUGGCCGUAUACCUGCAUGAGAAGUGGUGGUGUGUGGAUGAUGUCUUACGAACAUCCAGCAAGUCAAGAAGUGGUUUGAUUUCGGUGCAGACAAAUUUGGAGAGGGUGAUUGUGUUCCUCCUCAGUCAGGUGGUGGAGCGGUCAUCACAGGAGAAGGUGUUGUUCUCCCUACACCCCCGCACAGAGAGCUGCAAACUGCUGUGGACAGACAGGCAGGCAGUCGGCUUCUACACCUUCAAACAUAAAGGCAGUCUGUGUGACCCCUGGAGCAGUCGCUGCUACCUGCUUCCUGCUCUGGACACGGUGCUGGUGAGGAGGAGCUGGAGGAGGAGAGGCUUCGGCUUCCAGAUGCUAAAAGAUUUCUGCUCUUCCUUUUCCACAGAGAAGUUUCUGGGAAUCAGCUCUCCGUUAUCACCCAGCAUGGUGGCAGUGUGCAGGAGCUUUCUGCAGCAGCACAAGGAACAUCUGGAACAUCUGUAUGAGGUGGAGGCUCCAGGGGACUGGACUCAAAGACGAAACAUCUGGCUUGGCAUCCAGCUGGGCCGUUACUCCCUCGGUAUGAAUGAGGAGAGGAGCCCAACAUCAGAACUAAUCAAGAGGAAUGAGGGAGAUGACUCCACGCAGAAGACCUACAACUGUAGACCGGACCUGACCUCACUGAGCACCUGUAAUGUGAGCAAUCCACUGGUUGUGAAACUUUGUGAUCCGAGCCAAGGAGAAGGCUCCCCGAGCAGCAAGAUCGCUGGAACAGGAUGUAGUUGUGCAGCUCAGGCCAACAAUCUGGAGUCUGGACCACCCACCGGACCACCACAGUCCUCCCGAGACACAAAACAAGCCCUGAAAUCCAAACGCUCUUUAUCUGCAGAGCCUCACAUCGAGGUGCAAGAGACAGAGGAAACACAAAGAUGUGCCAAACAGAUCAGAAGGACAUGAGGAUACAGACAAAGGUUCUGUGUGCAGCAACAGGAACUGAUUAAGUUAACUUUAUACUGUAUUGUGUGUUUGUUGCUGUCCUACACUGUAAAAAAAAUCUGUUUAAUUUAUGGUAAAAUACCAGCAGCUGUGGUUGCCAGAACUUCACUGUAAAAAAUACAGUGAGUGGGUUUUCUACUGUAAAUUUAAAUGUAAAUAUUAUUUUUAAAAACUGUAACUUUGACCAAAUAUUCCCUUUAUUUUUAGGUGUAUUGUGUUUUUCUGACAAUAUGGUAUUUGUCCUUUAAUUUUACAUGAAAAAAAGUGUUUUCUU